CUUGCACUUUCUGAAAGACGGCCAUGGAUGGCAACAGCUCCUUCAUACGAGGUUAUUGAGUCAUCCCCUGAUGAGGAUGCGGCAUCUUGCGCCAACACAAAUUUGUUCGGGUUAGUUCCCGUAUUUACAUUUGCUACAGAGCUGGUAUUCCGUGGAUGAGGCGACAUUGAGCUUCGCGUAGGUUCUUUAGUAUUCGUCAACGCCAAACGCGCUCGGGGUCAGUUGACGAAAUGGCGUUUUUUCAAUCUGGUUACCCCGCUCUAGGACUCGAUCCUUCCGCUACCCAUGCCAUCACGACGUCAUGGUGGAAUCUGGACCACUCGUUGAACGCCUUGAUCGAGGGGAUCAACGGUCGGAUCAGCAGCGGAGCCUACAGCAACACCGAAGGCGAAGGAAGCAGCGAGAACGAGAACAGAAGCGGAGGAUUCGCGUGGAGCGCGGAAGGGCGGAGGCGCAGGCGCGUGCGAUUCUGGCGGACUGGCGCGAGGCGGAAGGAUCUCGGGGUGCUGUGCAGACACGGGAUGGGACCACUGACGGUUGAUUACGUCAGCGGAUGCCUGAAGAGGAGCUUCCAGGAAACCGCUCUGCCCCGCUUUCAGAGAGCAAUGGGGGAAGCAGCAAGUAGUGGAGAAGGAGGAGGAGGGAGAGCAGGAGGGAGUGCAGGAGGGAGUGCAGGAGGGGAAACAAAGAGGAAGGGUAAGAAACACAGGCAGAAGGAAGCUGACGGGAAGUUACUCGCAGCUCUGAACGAGCUCUGUGCGGUGAAGUAUGCUUUCACGCUUGUGCUUGCUGACGUGGCAGCUGAGGUGGCACGGUGCAACGCCAAGCGUGGAAUUGGGAACGUGUGGGGCGACCCGUGGGGUGAGGUAGUAGGGAGAGAGGAGGUUGAGGGGGAGGAAGAGGAGGGGGAGAGCGGGGAGGAGGAGGCAGAGAGAGAAGAGGCAGAGUGGGAAGAGGAGGGAUGUGAUGACGUGGCAGCAGUUGAAGAUUUGCGGGAGAGCUUACAGGCUAUGGUGGUGAAUGCAACGCCGACACAGCUGUAUGGGCUGUUGCAAGAAUUUCUGUCCUCUCGCUUCAAGGAGGUGUCUAAGUGCAUGCGUCCAUUCUAUAAGGAGGAUGAGGAUGAAGACGAGGAAGAAGAAGAGGAAGAGGAGGAAGAAGAGGAAGAGGAGGAAGAGGAGGAGGAGGAGGAGGAAGAGGAGGAGGAGGAAGAAGAGGAGGAAGAGGAGGAGGAGGAGGCACAUUCAAAUGAUCAAGCAGCAGCAUCUGUCACUCCUACAGCCGGCACUGCCACUGCCGGUCGAGAGAGGUACGAGCAUCUUCCAGGCUCCACUCCACCAUUUGGCACGGAGACUGAGAACCUACUGGGAAGUUUCCCUGGGUUUGGAGGUUUAGAGCCGUCAGGGCAGGGGAAGGGCACGCGGAGGAGGCUGGAAGAUGAGAUGACGGCGCUUGAGUCGAGCCAGGGACGAGCAGUGGGGGUUGGGGGAGAGAGAAUAGAUGGAGGUGGGGGAAGAGAGGGAGGCAGAGGGGAGGAGGGGGAGGGCUUGGCAGGCGAGGAGGAGCGGCAGAUCCUUGCAGCGGUGCUGGAUGGAGUCUUAGAUGUAGCAGCCGCGGAGAGCGCAGACAAGGAGGGGCUUAGGGAGGGAGAGUUUGGAGAGAAAGAGGGUUUAGGAGGAGAUGGGACCGAGGACGUGGGUCUGGAGGAGGGGGGGGCGUUUGGCGCAGGGGGGGGUGUGGGCGCGUCUGUGUGUUGGGUGGGGCGGUUGGAGGAGCGGGUGGGGCGUGCGUGGGUGCGGUGCGUGCAGGGAGUGAUGCGUACGCUUGGCUUUGCUAGUCUCUCGUUCGUGGCGCACUCGGUGAUGUGCGCCGUGCUGCUGGCCCAGGUCAAGGAGCACGUGCAUGCAUCGGCGGGGGACGCUUUCGACCGUCGGAUCCUCCCCCGCCUGCAUCGCUGGCUGCAGAUCACAGCCCUGCCCUUCGUUACUAUCACCACCUCCACUGUCACCACAAGGGGCGGUACCAGCAAGGGUGCCACCAGCCGCGCAUCAGAUCACAUCCUGGCCGCACGUCAAGAUCAGAUCCCAGCCACACAUCUGCGUCAGUGGAGCGGCUGGCUGCGCCACGUGGUGUGCAGGGAGCUGUGCCAGCUGCGCACGCGCCAGCUGUUUGACAUCAUCGUUGACUACCCCGACUCCGCCCCGGCUAUAGACGACCUUAAAGAGUGCCUUGAGUCCGACACCACUGGCUUCCCUGCCGGUUGGUCUGGUGCUGGUGUGGCGGGACCUGGCACUGCCGCUCUUGCUGCCGCUGCCCCUCCCCUGAUUGCUCUGGUUGGGACACAAAAGGUCGGAGGAGGGGAAUGGGGAGGGGGAGUAUGGGGGGCAGGGCUGGGGUGGGACGGUGGUGGGGAUGGGAGCGCGCAUGCGAGGCUGGUGGCCUCGUUCCGGGCGGCGCUGACCAAUCGGCUGCUGACAGCUGGCGCGUCGACGGCUGACAUCCUGCAGCAGUAUGUGUCGGCGAUCCGGGCUCUGAGGCGCGUUGACCCAUCGGGGGUGGUGCUGGAGGCAGUCAGUGAGCCGAUCAGGCAGUACUUGCGCGGGAGGAGGGACACCAUUCGCUGCAUCAUGACUCUGCUGACUCAGCACCCCUCAGCAGCGCCAGCUGGAGCCACCAGGGGCGCUGCUGACGUGGCGGAUGACGUGGCAGGGGAGGCAGGGGACCCGGGUGACCUGUCGCUGCUGGAGGAGCUGAGCCGGGCGGCGCAGGGGGGGGAGGGGGAGGCCGGGGGGGGUGGGGAAGGGGAGGAAGAAGGGGGAGAGCUGGGGGAAGAUCUGGCUGCGGCUUUUGCUGCUGCUGAGCGCUGGCAGCCUGACCCUAUCGACGCUGACCCGUGGCGUUCCUCCAGCCAGUCGCAGCGCUCAAAGGACAUAGUGCGCGUGCUGGUGGGCGUGUACGGGUCUCGGGAGGUGCUGGUGGGGGAGUACCGCGGCAUGCUGGCGGAGCGGCUCAUAGGGCGCGCUGGAUAUGACACGGACCGCGACGUGCGCACACUGGAGCUGCUGAAGCUCCGUUUCGGCGAGUCCAACCUGCACGCGUGUGAGGUGAUGUUAAGAGACAUGGCGGACUCAAAGCGCAUCAACGGCAACGUGAAGCAGGCGAUCAAAGUGGCGAGGGAGAAGGAAGCUCAGCUCGCGGCUGAGGCCGCUGCCUUUGAAGCCCGUGCGAAGGUGUACAUGAGGAGACGAGGCGUAGUCACUGGGCCGGGGGUGGAGCAGCAGUAGUGCAGAGAGGGGGAAGGGGUGGCGAGGGAGGUGUAUCCGGGUCAGGUGUUCCUGGUUCAGGUGUAUCUAGGCCGGGUUCAUCUGGCUCGGGCUCGUCCGGUUGGUCGCAGGCCCACACACCUGAGCACCUGGUGGUCAGGGGCUUGGCACCGCUCUCCACCCCUCCGGACCGAGCUACAGGGGGG